CCUCCUUUCCCACCUAUAUAUAAUCGUCUCCCUCCUUCCAAGAUUUCAUUUUCGAAAAAUUUUAGUACGGAAUGGCGCGAAGAAAGAAGACAGCUUUGGCAACAUUUUCUUCCCCAAUCUCAAUCGGAGGUUGCGAGGUUACUGUGGAAGCAAAGAAAUACACUUAUGAAUCCGAUGAAAAGUGUCUCCUAAUCUCAAUUAAUAGAAAUGUUAAAGUUAGAAUCGCGGUUAGAGAAGAUGAGAAUGGGAACCAGGAGACUGAUGGAAGGGCUUGUCAAUCUGGCCAGGGAGAGGAGAAUGUGGAGAGAGUUGUCUCUCAUGAGGGUGAAUUCUUAUUUUUUCUUGUUAAUCCGAAAGAUGUUGAUAACUCUAGUCGAUCAUAUCUUCAGGAUGUGCUUAAGAUGUACAUGACAGAGCUUCCUGCAAUGAAUUUUGCUGCAAAUACUGGAAAACAAUCGAUGUUCUUGGAAAAAUGUGUAACAAAUGGGAAAUAUUGCUCGCUGCUUUUGAUUCUUGUGUCUGUAGGAGGCCUUCGAGAGAUUAUAGCUGCAAUUACGUAUCAGAUAGUUCCGGCUGACACUCAAUAUGCUGAAAUUCCUCUUGCUGCUGUUAGUUCAGCCCACCAACGAAAGGGAUUUGGUCGUCUUCUGUUUAUGGAGUUAAGGAAGAGGCUUCAGAGUGUAGGUGUUUGCUCAAUAUUGUGUUGGGGAGACGAGGAAUCUGAAGGAUUUUGGCAUAAGCAGGGUUUUGUAUCGGUCGCAGAGGUUGAUGUAAAGGGUAGAGCUCGAAGGAGGUUACCUAUUAAAGCUGACGUUCGCAAAGCAUUAUGUUUACCUGGUGGUUCAACACUUAUGGUUUCACAUCUUAAGCAGGAAGCUUCAGAUCACUCUGCGGACCCUUUGCAGUUGACUUUUCCAUUACAUCCCAUUGGAAAUUCAUCUUCGGCUGCUUGUGAUAAAGCCCCGUCAGAAGUUCCAAUGGAGGGCAACAAUAUUCUGAAUCCAAUAAAGCAGAUUGCUUCCAGAAUUGAAACUUCCCAGCCUGAAUUGCUAGUAAACGAUGAGGAACGUCCAGGAGAAGAUAAUAAGUUACUUGGAGAUUCUCAGUGGCAGGUUGAAACACGAGGGUGUUACAAAGAAUCACCACUUUUCUCUAGACAGGAGCCAAAAAUAUCAAGCAAAUUGGUUUGUGUUAAGAAGUUAUUCAAAACAGGAGACAAUGGUGAUGUGAACCACUGUUCUUGUUCGACACAAGGUUCUGGAGCAAAGAGGAUUUGGGAAGCUUCAUUAUCUUCCUUGAAGUCAAAGAAAGUAAAGGGAAGCCAUCCAGUUGGCUGCCAGUUAUCUUCCAGCUCAGAUUUAGCUUUAGGAAGUAGCAGAAAUGAUUGUUCUUACCAAACAUGCCCUUUGGCUGCUUCAAAAGGUAAAUCUUUGGACGAACCUCCUUCAAAUUAUUCUACUUGUGGUCGCAAGGAGGAUAUUGCUGAAGGUUCUGCAAUGGGUAAAACUAUAUCAGAAGCUUGUGUUGUGAAAGAAGUUCAUCCACACAGAGAAGGCUUUAAAAUAAUUUUGAUGAAUAUUGCUGAUGACAGUAAGAAGGCACAGCUUGGAAAGGUAAUAGCAGACCUUGGUGGUGUCGUUACAUCUGAUGGAAGUGCAAGCACUCACAUUAUCACCGGAAAAGUUAGAAAGACAUUAAAUUUCUGCACUGCUCUCUGCUCGGGAGCUUGGAUAGUCUCACCCAACUGGUUAAAAGAAAGCUGCCGACAAGGAAGAUUUAUAGAUGAAGUGCCUUACAUAUUAAACGACGAAGAAUAUGUACUGAAAUACAGAACCGAAUUGAAAAGUGCAGUUCUUAGAGCAAAAGCUAACCCGGGAAGCUUGCUUAAGGGGUAUGACGUAUGCAUGGCUACCCAUGUUGAACCCUCAGCGAAAUGCCUAUCCACCAUUGUCAGGUCUGCUGGCGCAAAUGUUAUUAGUAGGUUGAGCCAAGUAAAGGGAACUUCGAAAACGAUAUUCGUGGCAUGUGAAGAAGACAUGGAAGAGACAAUAUUAGCUGCAAAGAAAGGUUUGAGGACAUUCAGUAGUGAUUGGCUAAUGAACUGUAUUAUGAGACAAGAGCUGGACUUGGAGGCUCCCCAGUUUGCAGAGUCCUUGUAAGAAAAGAUUUUAAGGUUAUUAAUUUAUAAAUGUAAUAUUCAUUUUGAGAAUGAUACAAUGUUAGCUAAGCUGCACAUAACCAUUUUACUACAAUUUGUAUAUGUUUAUAUAUAUUCUAAUUGAGAAACUUUCUCAAGGAAAA